AUGUGGGACUACGUCCUUUUCCCCUGUGAGAUCCAGAACUACUUGAAUGAGCUGAGCUUUACUCCAGUGAAUGUGCUGAACUGGAAUGCUCUGGAUUUUCAGAUAACAACUGAUGAAAGUGACUACAGAUUUGUUUGUAUCACCAGUACCAAUAUACAAUUUGAAUUGUUAUGUUUGUAUGUCUUUGUAUUAGAUGCUGCUGGUGCUUCUACUGGUGAUGCUGACAUCGUGCACUGCAGUCCCUCAAAAUCAUUUACAGACCUUAAAAGAGACCACGUUUUGUUCUCUCUGGCUACACCUGUUCAUUCCAAUGACUUCCUGAUCUUCUGGGAUUAUACAAAUAAAGAGAUUGAGUCCCAUAUCAAGGACAGGAAAGCUGAAUUUGGAGGACGAGACUACAAGCCAAACAUGUGGCACUCUAUCUGCACCACGUGGGACUCUGAGUCUGGACUGGUGCAGAUUUGGUUUGAUGGGCUACCUUCAAUUAGGAAAUUUGUCAGCACUGGAACAAACAUCGUAGGACCUGUUAUAAUAAUGUUAGGACAGGAGCAAGAUUCCCACGGUGGCGGAUUUGACAUUAAGCAGUCUUUCGUUGGCAUGAUGUCUGACGUCCACUUGUGGGAUCACAUCCUUUCCUCCUGUGAAAUUCAGAACUAUGUGGAUGAACUAAACUUCACGCCGGGGAACGUGCUGAACUGGAGCGCACUGGAAUUUGAGAUCAUAGAUAGAGUACUGAUAGAAAAUAAACUCAUGACGUGUCACUAAUCAGAAAAUUACAAAAUCAAAA